GCCCAUCUGGCCCAUCUGGUCCAUCUUGGCCCCAUGUUGGUUCCUGACGGCACCGCGGCACAUUGUGCUCUGUCCAGCAAUCGCACUGCACUGCACGGCUUGGGCCUGGCUUGGUCUACUGACUUUGGCUGCAUCUCGGGUGACGCCGAGUGGGAAAACUGCCCACCUGUUGGUACCCCUGGCCUCCCAGCUUGCUCAUCUAUUCUUGUUCUUAACCCACGGCGAUCCCCUCGUCUUCCUUGCACUCCCCGACCAAGCCUCUCCUUUGCUUUCUGAUUCUGUGGACCUCUCUGGUCAGUUCGAUUCUCGUGUGUCGUGACCCUGCUCUGCUGUGCUCUGCUGUGUGUCCUCUGUUUCCGACGCGAUAUCAUUGGUGGCACCUCAGGUCCUUUCUGGCUCACAAAAACAACACACGCACCCGCACCCGCACACGCACCUUUGUUGGUCUGUUGAUCUUGAUCUGGAUCAUCUUCAACCCUCCAUCCCUUCCUUCUUGGACCCAAGAAAAGGCACGACUUGGCCCGGGCUCUGUUGAUCUUCGCUGGACCGUGGACAACUUGCCCCUUGUCUUGGACGACCGAACAUCCGAAUCUUGCCUCGCCCACCCCAAUUGUCAUUACUCAUUUGGCACUUGCUCACAUCACCCUUUUACUCACCACCACUCCGCCCGCCCAACCCACGCCUGUCAACCGCCGUCACGCAGUCCAGACAGCCUCACCUUGCUCGUCGUUUGCGGCGGUUUCAUUCGUUCGGCCUCACCCUGCCCAUCCCAACCAGCCAUCCACUGCUCCUGUGGUGUCAGCUUUUCACUCGCUCACUCAAACAACCCGACCGCGCCUGUCUGAAAAAUCGCCGAUUGUCGACAGCUUCGCCCGCUGUUCAUAUACGGCGUCACGCCACGGCAAGGCCCACUUUCACAGGCGAGCCACUCUCCUAGGCGACAUUCAUAUCGACUCAAUAUCGGCUGCCCGCGCUGAUUUGAGCAAUCACGGUCCUUUCUACCACACCUGCACUGCCAGCAAUCAACCAUCUUAUCCGCAGGCCCGGACCACCCAGUCUCUCUCUCAUCGACCUUGACGGCCUUGGCAUCUCGACACCAAUAUCCGUCGCCGCUGCGCCCAGCCUACCGCGGCCUGGACAUCCGACUUGACUGCCCUCUGCCCUGCUUGCUUCGGCAUUCUCAGGGCGUGGCUCGACUCUUUGUCCCAGUGGGCCGACUUUCGACAUUGUCUCAUCGCCCUUGUAUGAGACAACCACCACAAAGGACCACCCCGACCUUAUUGUCCCCUCCUCUUUGUCCCCCUUCAUAAUGCUAUUGUCCGCCACUCCGUCCCAACGACAAUAGCCCUUCUUGCACCCGGGAGGCUCCAGGCAGGGACGUUGCACGCAGGGCCUGCUAUAGAUUCGGAGCGACGCCCCCGUUUUCCGCCUCGAGCACCUGACGGACAAGGAUCGAAACUUUCUUUUUUCACAUAAACCAACCCGAACUUCAUCUCUCUCCAACCCUACCACCUAACAAGGAUGGAAUUCCAUCGGCGCAGGUUCGCCGCCCUCGCGCACAUGAACCCCACCCCAACACUCCUCCCUCGGGAGGCCGAAGCCGCCUCGACCGACAGCGCCGGCAACCCGUUGUCGACCAUCUCACCGUAUGCCCAUGGUCUCAACGGUGUCAACCAGGUUAACAACCUGGUCUUUGUGGACAUGCUGUGGUGGACACUGGGUAUCUUCGGCUUCACAAUUCUGGCUGUCAGAAUAUUUCAGGUCAUCUGGGGCCACAUCCGCCAGGUCUCGGCAAUGUCGGUCGAGGGUGAACGGCAGACUUACUGGAAGUACGCCCAGUCCCAUUGGAUGCCCAGCUUCAAGAAGGACUUCAUCUACGCACCGCUUUGGGGCAAGCGACACAACCGGGAGAUCCGGCUCUCCAAGGCCAUGAACAUGGGCACGCUGCCCUCGAGGCUGCACUUCAUUCUUCUCUUCAUCUACACAGUCAGCAACCUGGUCUACAUGUUCUACCUGAACUGGGCCAACGAGAACAAGUACGCGCUGUGUGCAGAAAUCCGAGGACGCUCGGGAACCCUCGGUGCGGUCAACAUGGUCCCACUGAUCAUUUUUGCCGGCCGCAACAACCCCAUGAUCUCAUGGCUCAAGAUCAGCUUCGACACCUACAACCUCUUCCACCGCUGGCUCGGUCGUCUUUCAGUGGUCGAGAUCAUCAUCCACUUCCUAGUGUGGGCCAUUGUGCAGAUGGCCGCCACCGGGUGGUCGGGACUGAUGGACCGCUGCCUGUAUGACCCCUUCAUUGCGUCUGGAACUGCAGGUACCUGGGCGAUGCUCAUCCUGCUGAUCUUGUCCUUCUCGCCCAUCCGCCAUGCCUUCUACGAGACCUUCCUCAACACACACAUCAUCCUCGCUUUCAUCACCUUCGUGUGCACUCUGAUUCACUGCCUUACGCCCACCGAGAUCCCCACCGGCCUGCCCCAGCUCCCUUGGGUCAUUGCAAUCUUCGCCAUCUGGAUGUUCGACCGCCUGGCCCGCAUGAUCCGUCUCACCUACUGCAACUGGUCUCACCGUGGAUUCACCGAGGCGAUCGUCGAGGCAAUGCCAGGCGAGUGCACCCGAGUCACCAUGCACCUGCCCCGCCACGUCGAGAUCAAGCCCGGCUCGCACGCCUACAUCCGAUUUGCAGGCAUCAAGCCCUGGGAGAACCACCCUUUCUCUAUCGCAUGGAUCGACCACCACGCGGAGGAGCUCCCGUUGGACGAGAAGGAGCCCAUGAUCUUGAGGAGGAACACAACAACAUCGGUCUCCUUCGUCAUUGGCGCCCAGACCGGCCUGACCCGCGACCUCUACAACAGGGCCGCCGAGGCCGGCACCCGCGCUAUCAAGAUGAGGGCCGCCUUCGAGGGCCCGUACGGUGGCCACCACGAUUUGGACAGCUACGGACAUGCCGUCCUUGUUGCCGGCGCCACUGGUAUCACGCACCAGCUCAGCUACCUCAGGCCGCUCAUCGAGGGCUUCAACAACGGCAGCGUGGCCACUCGUCGCAUCACCCUGAUCUGGAUCGUUCGUGACUACGAGUCACUAGAGUGGAUCAGGCCCUGGAUGGACGAAGUGCUAAGGAUGCCGAAUCGUAAGGAGAUAUUGACCAUCAAGCUCUUCAUCACGAGACCGAAGAACGCCAAAGAGAUCGUCUCCGCCAGCACAACCGUGCAGAUGUUCCCCGGCCGGCCCAACGUCCCGCUCCUGAUCCGCAAGGAGGUCCACGAGCAAAUGGGCGCCAUGGCUGUGACUGUCUGUGGUCCUGGCGCGCUGGCUGACGAUGUCAGAUCCGGCGUGCGCCAGGUGCAGGACGAGAACACCGUCGUCGACUUUUUCGAGGAAAGCUUCACCUGGUAAAUCCGUGUUCGGGUCUGUUUUUCCGAUCCGGAAAUAGAAACAGCAGUCACGAUGCCACGGUUCACGAUUUACGGCCUGAUCGCGGGGUUUCUCUUCUUCUAGCAUCUCCAUGACUGCUUCCCGGUACCGUCAUUUAGGUGCAUUUUUUGGUGAUAGGUCUUUUUUGGUGGUAUUGCAGCCUUUCUGCGUUUCUGUCUAUAUUUUGCAUUUCACAUACCUGGCUGAAGGAGCGGGUCGAGGGAGCUGAAGGAGCAGCUAGUUGAGCAAGGAAGUAAUCUUUCUUCAGUCUCACACAAAUGGACGAGGUAUCAUCACAGCCAUUCGCGAAUAUCCCCAGAUGCAUUGCGCUUGGAGUUAUGGGGAAACGUCUGGUCAUUCUGGCCAAGAAGAUGGAAAGGGGCCUUAGAGAAGAAUAGAAGGCAAUCGCCUGUAAAUAGUCAUGGCUGUACGCAGCUCUCGUAUAUAACAUCAGGGGCACAUCAUUGUGGUUGGCCUUGUAAUAUCACUUCUCCUUGAAGUUC